UGUUUUCUAAAAUUCUAAAAAUGUGUUUAUAGUGGAGGUAAUGCUUAAUGCUGUACAAAAUUAAUUAUAACACAAAUAAUACUAAACAGGUCAUGUUUAGUACAAAGAGUUGUUGAUAACUGCUCAUAUGUGAAAGUAUAGAAUGUGUGAGUGGGAAAUAUCUAAAAUGCAGUAAUAUUCUCUUUUGUAAAUUCAACCGUAGUUGUAGAAUUUUAGUUAUAAAUAUUCCGAUUAAUAAAACAAAACGAUACAAUGAGUGUAACUAAAACGUUAAUAAUUACAUUGUCAAUAGCACUCGCCUCUCAUGCUGCCUUUAAAUACUUAUAUAAAAAGAAACCAAAGAAAAGAAAGGAAAUCAAUGACGUUAUAAUGUUCUCUAAUAAAAGUGGCGAUCUAAAGCCUAGUAAGUAUCUAAAGCACCAAACAACCGAAAACAUAGAGAGAUUACUUCACUACUUGAAUCAACCUAGGUACAGUUUGGAUAUUUGCAUGUAUGUGCUUACUAAUACUGAUAUUACCAAUGCAAUCCUAAAGCAACAUUACCGGGGCGUUAAAGUUCGUGUCAUUGUCGAUCCUGAUAUGGCCUUCACCUCUGGUUCCACAGUGAAGAGGUUGGAGAAGCAAGGUAUACCUGUGCGCUGGAUGAAAUCCACGGACAUAAUGCACCAUAAAUUUUGUAUUAUUGAUGCACUUGGAGGUGAGGCAGUUACUCCAUUUGUGAUGACAGGUUCUUUAAAUUGGACAACACAAGCCUUAUAUAAGAAUUGGGAAAAUUUGUUGAUAACAUCGGAGAGGGAGAUUGUGGAGCCAUACAGUAGAGAAUUUGAGAGACUUUGGUUGGAAUUCAGGCCAAUUGUUAGAAUUGGUAAAUAAUGUUGUACUUAUCUAUAAAGAAUGUGUGCACAAUUGUUUUCUUAUGAUACUUAAAUGAUAAUAAUGAUAAGGUAAAAUAUAUUCUAAAUAUAUACACAAAUUAUUAAUCUGUGAGAUACAGAACUGAUAAACAGUUCAUAAUAUAUUUGUGCACAUAUUUCUUUUAUAAAAAGCAAAUAGCAUAGAUAAAUGUAAUUUAUUACCAAAAUUUAUAUAUGUAUCUAAUAAAAUUAUCAUUCAAUUGCAAAUUAACUCCCUAAAUUCUAAAUUUUAAUUGUUACUAAUAAGCACUGUGAAUUGUGAUAUUACAAUUUUUAAAAUUGUUGAUAACUAAGC